AGUCCGCCCCCUCAGGCUUGCUUCAAACCAUCCAUCACCUCUAUCUUUUCUAACAUAGUUGACAUGGCGAGUCAGGAUAUGUACGCUUUGGCAGAUUUCUGCCUGAACCCCAUGGGUACUGAAGCAUCUAUCGCGGAAUACGUUGCCGAAUGUGUACGAGUAGUCAAGAAGUCGGGUCUCAAAUAUCAUGUGCAUGGCUAUGGAACGAACAUUGAGGGUCCCUGGGACGACGUCGUCAAGGCUGUUCAGGAAUGCCAUGUAGCUGUACAUGCCAAGGGUGCCCCUCGCAUCCAUACGGAUUUACGUAUUGGCACUCGUGUCGACCACAAGAUCGUCCCCGGCACGGGCAUUGAGAACCAAGUGAAGCGGGUCGAAGAGAUCCUCGCGAAGGAGUGAAGUUUAUGACUGCGAAUGCUGAGUAUGGAAUGGGGGAAUUUUGAAUUGGAUGGACAAAAAUUGUACAACAC